AGAAAUUUGUUGACCUAACAAAUAAUCUAAUAUACAAUAAUAACUGAAAACUUCAGCUGGAAAAAAGUCAAAACUAAAAUCGAUAUUUAUAUUUUGUAAUAAUCAUAAAUGCAAAGAAAGCAAAGAACAAGAAAUGAGCGCAAAGCUAAGCGACUUUGGCGAAGCCAAAACAGAAAUGCUGAGCAUCUAUGCAGAAAUGUGUGCAUUUGUGCCACAAGUUGUGGCAGAAUUGGAGCAAAUGACGCAGCUCAAACAACAAAUGAAAGAGGGCUUAAAAUCGGAACUUUUAAGUUGCUUGCAACGCAUUGAAGCCAUUUGCCCCAUGUUGCAACGCAAGAGGAUGAAAGAGGCGUUCUUUGGACGCACAUCGAAUGGCAAAAGUUCGGUGAUCAAUGCCAUGUUGUAUGAACGUGUACUGCCCAGUGCCAUGGGGCAUACCACGAGCUGCUUUUGUCAAGUGGAGGCGACUCUUAAAGGCGAAGCAGCUCACGUGAUGUUGGACGAAAGCGAAGAUCAAAAGCUGAGCAUCGAUUGCUUGCGAGAUUUGGCGAGUGCGCACUCAAAUCAAGCGCUGGGGCCGCAACGUUUGUUGCACGUACGUUGGCCCAGCGGCAGCCGUUGCACGUUGCUGCAACACGAUGUCGAGUUGCUGGACACACCUGGAGUCGAUGUCACAGCGCAGCUCGAUGAAUGCAUCGAUCGACAUUGCCUCAAUGCGGAUGUGUUUGUGCUCGUGUUGAAUGCGGAGUCGACGAUGGCGCGUGUGGAGCGGCAAUUCUUUGAGGCAGUUGCACGUCAGUUGUUGCGCCCCAAUUUGUUCAUACUCAACAAUCGAUGGGAUGUGGCUGCCACAUUGGAGCCGCACAUGGAGCAAUUGGUGCGUGCUCAACACACUCAGCGUUGCCUGCAACUGUUGACUGAAGAGCUGGGCAUCUACACGGACUUGGAGUUGGCGAGUCGCAUCUACCACGUGUCCGCCUUGGAAACGUUGCGACUGCGGCAAGCUGAGGGAGUUGAAACCUUUCUUGCAACUGGAGCCAGGCAACGUUAUGAAGAGUUUCGGCGAUUUGAGCGUGAAUUUGCCAGCUGCUUAACACAAACUGCUUUGAGCAGCAAGUUGUCGCAACAUUGCGUUGGGGCAGCCGAAUUGCUGCUGCAGUUGCACGCACUGUUGCAAGAACUGAGCGACGGCUUAAACGAACUUGUGGCAGCCAAAAGCGACACACAAACUGAGCUUGGUGAGCGUUUAUUGCACUGGGAAUUGCAAAUGACGCAGCAGCGGAGCACGUUGAACGUGCAACUGGAGCAGCUGAGCACGCAGACUGCACAGCUUGCCACACAGCUGUUGCACGCGCAAAUUCAACGUUUGCCCGCCGCCGUGCAACACUUCAAGCUGCACUUUCAGCGCCAAGAAGUUGCCGCUUACAAGCGUGCGCUUGCCACGCAUCUGGAGCAGUUGUUGUGGCAGCAACUAGAGACGCAACUCGCUGAGAUGUUGCAGCAACAGUUGCCGCAAGAUGCGCCGUGGCAACUCUAUUGUUGUCUCGACUGCCAGCAGCUGAUGGCCGACUUUCAAUUGGACUUGCAGUUUCGCUUCUCGUGGGGCAUGGCCGCCAUCAUGCAACGGCUGCGUGGCAAGCUCCUGUUGCCGUUGCAAGCGGCACCCAAAACGCUGAAUGGCUUUUGCAAACAGUCGCUAAAGUUGAUGCCACAAGCUGAGGACGAAGAUGGUUCCUUAGGUGGCAUGUUGCUACUCGGCGGCAUUUUGGUGCGUUCUUUGAACUGGCGCUUGCUACUCGGUUGUGGCAGCAUUGUGUGCGGCAUUUAUGUCUACGAACUGCUCAGCUGGACGCAGCCUGCACAAGAGCGUAGCUUCAAGACGCAUUACACGCGCCACUUGCAACAUCGACUGCGUGAAACGUUGCCACAAGCAGCCGCAGGCUUGGGGCAGCAGGUGAGGCAGCAACUGCAGCGUUCGGUGGGUAAACGUGACUCCGAAACGCAGCAAAUUCUUAUCGAACUAAACGCAGAGCUGGCCACACUGGCCACGCAGUUGCAAGAACUCGAAAUGUGGCGUGGAAAAGUCGAGCAACUGCAGCUAACUUUGCGGCAGCUGCAACAACGCAUAACUCAAUUUCAAGCGCUUUAUUUGUCAGUAGAAACGUUGUGAAUUCGUUCUCUUCUUCCUUUUCAAUUAAAACUUUUGUUCCGUUCUAAUAAUCCUGCACAUCUUGAGCGCAACUUUAAUUACUUACUUGAU